UCAGUGUUUGCCGAUGUCGCCGCUAGGUUUCGACGUUCUUUUCAGGAAAAGUGCUUUCUGAGGGAAAAGUAGUUCCCGAGUUAUUCCAUAAUUUCUCAAGUCGCAAUAGUGAAAAUAAGACAAAGCUUUGAAAAAAACGUUACUAGAAAGUGUCGUGUUGUUUGUGGCUUGACAAUGAGUCUCUAAACAUGAAGAUUGAGAUAGCAAUUUCCCCAUAAAGGGACGGCGUAGGAAGCGGACUUUUACCCAUAAACGCUAUAACCUCCAUUCGUGUUAUUGAAGUAGGUACGGAAUUAAAGUUGUGUCAGAUGUGGCCAUCGUUUUAGAAAAUACGAAAAGUGACGUUGUGUGUUAUUUUUUAGGAACCUAUGAAGUGAAAAAGUGAAAUUCGGAAUAACUUUAGUAUGUGUUUCGAAGUACUAGUUUGCAAAUGGAGCUUCCAAAAUGAGGCAAAAUAUCGGUUGUUGACUAUAACGGCGGGGUGUUGGCAACGACUUUACAAAGGCUAAAAGCACCAGCAGCAAAACCUCGCCAAACGUAAUGAGUCAAUACAGGCAGGAUGGAGGCGGUGGAUCAACCGCAGUGCCCAGCGCCGCCGGUCAGAUCCCUUCGGCCGCCGGCGCGGGUCCAAAUGGGGCUUUGGAAGGUGAAGCGGAGAGUCCGAACGGAUCGGGAACUUCUGGGGUACCGCCAGAUUCGAACCCUUACUCAACUGAAGGAGCACCGCCGGUGCCUCCGCAGGAAGCCGGCCACGGAUAUUCGCCGUUUCCCUAUGGUACGGCAGGGCCAGAUCACGCGUUCGGUCCGCGACAACCGUUUGGGGGUCCGAAACAAUUACCAUCGCAGCAUCGUACCGCUUUUGCACCGGGCCCUCCACUCAAUCAGCAACCUGGCCCCACACCAACUCUAAACCAAUUGCUGAAAAAUCCUAAUCCUGUGUCUCAUCGAUAUCCGAACAACUACUCGCAUCCGGAACAUUACAACCAAUGGCCCCAAAAUUAUGGACCGGGGCCUGCUCCACCCCCGGGCCCAUAUAGGCAACAACAAAGUUAUUGUCCGACGUAUGGAGGAGGUGGACCUGGUUCGGCACCGAGUGGGUACGAUUCGCGAGCAAGCUGGCCGGGCGGUCCUCCGCCUUCUGGAGCAUCCCAACACUCCCAGCACGGUCCAGGUAGUCCCGGCCAGCCACAACCUUCGCAACAAUCUCAAAACCAAUCCCCUUCUCAACCUCAACAAAAUUCAUCAAGUUCUGUGCCUGUGAGUCAACCGUCACCCCAGCCCACGCAGCCUCCUAUAAGUCAUUCGCCUGGACCAGGCCCGGGAGGGCAAAUGCCUCCAAGUCCUCAACAACAUAAUCACCAACAUCAGGCGCCUACUGGACAUCCCCAGGGAUUUCCUAGUAGGCCACCUCCACCUACGACACCCAAUGCUCAUGCCCCUGAUGCUGCGGAUCUCAGUGGAGGUAACAGUAACGACAGUUCUGGAGGUCCAGCACCGGGAACCCCAAAUUCUCAGGGUAUGCGACCAACGCCGUCACCAACGGGUUCAACGGGUUCUAGGUCGAUGUCUCCUGCUGUCGGACAAAACAUUCCUAUGCCGCCUCGCCCAUCCAGUAGUCAAUCUGAUGGCGGAAGUGGUGGUAGUAGUGGAGGAGGAGUGUCAGCACGUUUGAGUCAUUCUCCAAUGCCUCCGGUACCUGGAGGUUACGGUCCUCCGGGGCAACAAUCGCCUCAUCCAGGCUCGUACAAAGGCAUGGUUGCAGGUCCAGGUGGGCCUCCUCAAAAUUCACCGCAGAUGCCACUUUACCAACACCAACCUGGCCAGUAUCCUGUACAAGCCGGUGGUUAUCCUCCACGACCUCCAGGAAAUUUUGGCCCAUCAAGUCAAGGUUAUGGCCCCACAUCCGGUUGCCCUUCUCCCGGCCCAACUUUGCGACCGCCGCACUACCUCAAACACCACCUGCAACACAAAAUGGGUUUUGCAGGUGUAGGACCUGGUUCAGCACCACCCAGUCCAGGUCCUCAAAAUUUUCAUAUGGGACCACCUGGCCAUCACCAUUCAGGUAUGGGUGUUCCACCCUCAAUGGGGCCGCCCCAUAUUCCGCCAUCAAGUAGCCCGAUGCUAACCAAUAACCAUCCACAUGAAGGUCCAAUGCCACCACCGAGUUCGACGCCAAAUUCUCAUUCACAAUUGGUAAAUGAUAUGCUCGAUAAUGGAAUUACUACAACAUCACAGGGCUCGAUGAAUACUCAUGUAACGGCUACAUCGGUUGGGUCGGUUACAUCCGUAGUUACCACGGGACCUGAUGGUGCUCCGAUCGACGAAGGUUCGCAACAAUCCACACUCUCAAAUGCGUCUGCAGCUUCGGGUGAGGACCCCGCGUGUCCACCCACUCCAAAAUCGAAUAGAAAAAACGAUAUGGGGCACUACAGCCAUCCACCCACUCCACAAGGUGCAGUUUCACAUGAAGAUUAUGGAGAAAUCAGUAGUCCCGGCUGGGCUCGUCCACCUGCUAGUCCGGUGAGUCGAAAAGUGUUUAACAGUCAUGUGCCUCCACAGGAAACAUAUCGCUCAAAGAAAACAGACAGCCUCGGAAAGUUGUAUGAAAUGGACGAGAGCCCAGAUCGAAGGGCGUGGCUAGAUAAACUCUUGGCAUUCAUGGAUGAUAGAAGGACGCCUAUCACUACUUGUCCGACGAUUUCCAAGAAUCCCCUAGAUUUAUUUCGCUUGUAUGUGUAUGUUAAGGAACGCGGUGGCUUCAUGGAGGUAACGAAAAACAAGACCUGGAAGGAUAUUGCAGGCCUUUUGGGCAUCGGAGCAUCAUCAAGUGCUGCGUACACUCUGAGAAAACACUACACGAAGAAUCUAUUAGCAUAUGAGUGUCAGUUUGACAGAGGCGGUAUUGAUCCGCAGCCAAUCAUAAAUCAAGUCGAGGCGAGCAGUAAAAAGAAAGGUGCCAAAGCGACUUCAGUUCCUUCUCCGGGUUCGUCGAACUCACAAGAUUCAUUCCUUCCCAGCGGAGGAGGCGGAUCUAUGGAUGGUUAUGGAGGAUAUAACGGUUAUCCGUCCUCUGGAAACUCUGAGUAUGCUCAGCGACCUUCGCCUCAACCUGCCCCUUCGCCACACGCAGGUUCAGGAGGUCCCAACCACCUGAACAGUGCCGCUCCUGGCGGUCCCAACCCUGCGGGGGGGACUGGGGACAAUGUGAGCGUGUCAAAUCCCUUUGAUGACGUAUCACCGAGUCCUCCACCACGAGGGGGUCCAUUUCCAGGUGGGCCCCAUCCUCCUUAUCCGACAGGUUAUCCGCCAGCCGUAAGACCAGUCUAUCCAUAUUCAGGUGAAUCAACGGGUCCUUCUGCGGGACAGUCUAAUAGUGGGCAGCCACCAUCAUCGUCACCUCAAGACCCGUAUAAUCGUUAUAAUGCGAAUCCUGCUGGAUAUAGUCCCAGGCCGCCCUAUGUGGGUUCGCAAGGUGCUGGCGGACCUCCGGUUUCACAACCAAGCGGUCCUGGUGCUUAUCCAGGACAUCAGGAUUUCUACAGACCCGACCAGAACUCAGCGGCUGGUGCUUACAGUGGGGUAUCUGCGUCGAACAAAAAUAUGCCUCCCCCAGGGCAGCAGCCCCCUAGAAGACACCCAGACUUUGCCAAAGAUCAAGGAUAUCCUCCGUAUGCACAACCACGAGCGCCGAUGUAUGGAGGAUGGCCAAAUAAUAGUCAGUAUAGACCACCACAGUAUGGUACCCCUGGAAACAAUCAGGUACCGCCUCAACAAUGGAAUCAAGGCGCAAGACCAGGUGGACCUUGGCCAAACAAUCAGGGAUAUCAAGGUCCAAACCAACCAGGACAAAGUCAGUGGCAAUCUAUGCCCAAUCAAACAGGACAGGCGUCUCCUAUCCGGCCAGUGCACAGGCCGGGGAAACCUUUUCCUCCCAUCAUGCCUCCAGGAGGGGCAGUCAAAGGAUCCAAUCAGCAGCCAGUGGGCGGCAACUCGUACGGGCAUGGUCAAAUGCCAAAGAGGGAAAUAACUUUCCCUCCAGACAGUGUCGAAAACGUUACUCCAGUAUUGUUUCGGAGAAAAAAAUUAUGCAGGUCUGACAUUGGCCCAGUAGAUGCGUGGAAGUUGAUUAUGUGUUUGCGUUCAGGAAUUUUGACGGAAAGCACAUAUGCUUUGGACAUGCUUAAUAUUCUCUUAUUUGAUGAUUCAUCAGUCGGGUAUUUUGGACUUAAUCAGUGGCCCGGAAUUCUCGACAUUUUAUUAGAACAUUUUAAGAAAAAUCUAUCUGAUAUGUUUGAUGGCCCUUACCCUAGGAGCAAUCAAUCAUCUGACGUUGAAAUUGAUUUGGGCAGUGUGGUGAAACCCAUAGAUCCGAGUCUUAAAAAUUCAGUUUUAAGUAAAACUGUGAAUUAUACCUUGCUAUCGCGUCGUGGAGAUCCGGUGAAAUUUGUUGAUCGACCCGAGGAUAUCUUCGUCCAAGAUAAUCUGAAGGAUUGGGAUUUGCGUGGGGAUGUUAACAUUGCCAACACAUUGGCAGAAAUUCCCGCCGAUCCGUGGUAUACCAACGCUGAUCACAUUUUACCAAACUUUCAAGCAGAGUUCGGACGAAUACCAUUCCAUACAAAAAUAGAUGAUAAAAAGCGAGAGGUUAAAUCGGACGCGACCAAGAAAGAGAAUAAAAGUCCAACGACAGCUCCACCACUAGAAGAAGCACCUCUUCCCAAAGUUAGUGACAAAAAACGAAAUAGGACAAAAACUUUAAGUGAUGUGAUAUCUCGAAUUAAAAAAGAGUCAACUGAAGACAAUGAAAAAGUGCUCAUGUUAGAAACGUCCACCAAACUGGAUACGGUUAAGACUGAAGUUGUAAGUGAAAAUAGUUUGAACUGCGAGGAAUCUGGAUCCUCUAGUGUAGAUCUGAAUAUUAGUGUAAAUGGCGAAUGUAGUAGUAGUACAGAAACUAGUAGCGGUGAAUUGAAACGGAUAAUUAGUUCAUCAACCAAUGAUGCAGUUGGUGGCUUCAAGCGGCGACGUCUUUGUGAUUUCGAAGAUGAAUCAUAUUCCCGAGACGAGUCCAGUUUGGUUCUUCUAACAGAAAGCCAAGACAAUUUGGGCAAGAGAUGUGUCUGUAUAUCUAAUAUUCUUAGAAGUCUCACAUUCAUUCCUGGCAAUGAAACUGAAUUUGCCAAAAGUAUUAGUUUCUUAGCACUUGUCGGAAAGUUAUUAUUGCUACACCAUGAUCAUCCUCCACGAACUCAAAAGACUAGGAAUUACGAUCGCGAGGAAGAUGCGGACUUUGCAGAUUCGUGCAGUAGCUUACAAGGAGAAAACGAGUGGUGGUGGGAUUUCCUGGCACAAAUCAGAGAAAACAUCCUGGUUUGCGUCGCAAAUAUUUCGGGACAAAUUGACAUUUCCCUGUACGAAGAAGACGUGGCCAGACCAGUAUUGGACGGACUACUGCAUUGGGCUAUUUGCCCUUCUGCGACAGCUCAAGACCCAUUUGCGUCGGCUGGACCAACAUCAUUGCUAUCGCCGCAAAGGUUAGCCCUGGAAGCAUUGUGCAAGCUGUGCGUCACCCACAGUAAUGUAGAUCUAGUGAUAGCAACACCACCGUUCGUGAGGCUGGAAAAAUUGUGCGCAGUACUUACAAAGCAUCUCUGCCGGUCGGAAGAUCAGGUGCUUAGAGAGUUUUCGAUAAAUUUACUACAUUACUUGGCAGCGGCGGAUAGCAGUAUGGCGAGAGUUGUUGCACUGCAAACGCCAUGUGUUUCGCUUUUAGUUGCGUUUAUUGAACAAGCUGAACAAAGCGCACUGGAAGUAGCCAAUCAGCGGGGAAUAAGCGCGCUUAGAGACAACCCCGAUUCGAUGGGGACAAGUUUGGAUAUGCUUCGGAGAGCAGCAGCAACUUUAGUGUUUCUUUCACGCCACCCCGAUAACAAAGCGUUACUGGUGCAGCAAGAAUCUAGAUUAUUAGCUCUAGUUAUGAGUCAGAUAUUAGAUCAACAAGUUGCUUUGUUGAUUUCCAAAGUACUCUUUCAAAUAUCUCGCAGUUAAUCUGCCUCUGAGAGUACGUUGUAGAUAACAGUUGAAAAGAUGAAAAAGCGCGGAGGUCUCAAGUGCUAGCCGGAGAAGAUCAUGUUGUAGCUCAUACUCUCUCGUACGCGAUGCCGCAUGAGUUGUGACGAAUGAUCCAAGUGAACGGAGUGAAGUAGUGUGUGUAACGUGUAUGUAAAGAACCACACUGAGACCAAGACUAGAUUGAGAUUGAGAUCUAGAGAUCACACUUUGGAAAUUGAUUGGCUACUUUACGAACUAGCUGAUCGAUUCGUAUGGUGUUAUCAAAUAAUCUGUACCAUUUUGUAAAUUAAGCAACAGAUGUUGCCUUUCUGGAAAAUGUCUGAGGAAGGCAUAUGUUGUUGUUGCAAUUAUAAGUUUGUUAUAAAGGAAUGCAACUAGGUAAUCAGGCUGUUGAGGAAGCAACACCCCUAUUACUUAUUGCAUUAAACUUAAACGUUAUUUAUUAUUUGAGAUAAAACGGUAAUCGUACAGUGAUUAUCUGAGACGCUGUCUGUUUUAUUUCAACGAAAUUAUAUUUUUUUUUAGUUUCUUACGCCACGGGCGUUGAAUUCUUUUAUUUCAUGUUUGGUAUUACUGUGCGAAUGCUUUAUACAUGUCUGAUAAUGAAUUUAAUUAAAUAAAUGUACAAAGGAAGUACCGAAUAUGGUGUUUUUAUACAAGUUUGAGUUUUCUGUGUAUAUUUAGAAUGUUUUAUACAUCCCAAUUUAGCUGUUACACUUAAAUCUGUUACUGAACAAGGACCGGCUGUAAGAUUAGAAAAUGCAGUCUUGAACUAGAACUCAAAAUGUAGUUUAAAAUAUGUGGUGAUAUUUUUCUGGCUGUAGGUAUCCCUUAUCGUAUGUACGAUUGCAUAAUGUAAAUUAAGUAAAUGCUGAAUACACUA